AUGAAGGCCUAUUUUGCUUCCAUCGCUCUCUCCCUCUCGGGCGCUGCCAUUGCUACUCCAUUCAAUGGCACCUACAACUAUCCCACUGGCUCUGGUCUUUCCAAGCCGCCCCAGUCUUUGACCGACGUCCCUCUCCCCAACCUAUUUACUUUCUCCCGGCAUAACACUUCUGUGAAAACCGGAUCUGGAACCCCAAGAUUCAGUGAACAGCCAACGUUGCCGCACGUCAAGCGUGCUCACUCAGGUAUCCCAACUGGCCUGGCCUCUCUGGCCUCUGAGGCCGAGUCUGCUCUCGGGGUCCUUGCAUCUAUAGUACCUCAGAAGCGCGUCGACUCUACUAUUUCCACUGGCCUUGCUUCUCUGGCCUCUGAGGCCGAGUCCGCCAUCAGUGCUCUUUCGUCUCUGGGUUCGAAGAAGCGUGCGAAUGCCGCCUUUCCUACUGGGCUGGCCUCGCUCGCUUCAGAGGCUGAGUCUGCUCUCAGUGCCUUGGCUUCUCUGAUUCCUCAAAAGCGUGCCUAUAGCUUCACUCCUCCUACUCUCCCUUCCUUCACAAGUGCCCCCUAG